AUGGAGAAAGUGAAAUUGAUGUGCAGUUAUGGCGGAAAGAUUCAUCACCGCCCUCAUGACCGCCAACUCUCUUACGUCGGUGGCGAUACUAAGAUUUUAACAAUCGAUCGCAACAUCAAUUUCUCCAACUUGCUCGCCAAAUUGAACGCUCUUUGCGAUUAUUAUUACGAAAUUCGAUUGAAGUAUAAGUUACCUGGACAGGAUCUCGAUGCUUUGAUUUCCAUUUUCGAUGACGAUGACGUCGAGAACAUGAUGUUUGAGUACGAUCUCCUCCGUCGCAUUUCGGCCACACCUCCGAGGCUACGUUUGUUCGUUUUUUUCCAGAUGGCGACGACGACGACGACGCCUGUCGCUUCCAGGUCGGUGAAUCCUGAUUUUUUGUUCGGUUUCGAUAAGGAGUAUUCGCUUAAUUAUACGACAGUCGUGAAAAAUCCUGAAGAUAAGGAUACGGUCGUUUCACCACCGGAGAAUGUCGGUAUCGCCGAUGGCGUUCAGAAGCAGAUUCAGGAAAUUCCGGUGCCGGUUCUGGAUAACCGUACGAUGACACAUGGUAGCUACGUUUUUCCGACUCCGUUUGUGUAUCGAGCACCAAUGCCUUCAAGCGGAUAUUUCCAGGCUGGAGAGUACAGAGGAGUUGGUAACCGGGAACAACCGGUGGUGUAUAGUUUUAUUCCUGGUGGUAACAGGGAACAGCCGGUGGGUUAUGGUUUUAUUCCGGUAGUUGCUCAAGAACAACCGAAUAUUCCAAUGAGUGGGAGUCCGCUAAGCUACGACGCAGCGAGAGGGGAGUCACAACUUCCAACGGUGAUGAUGGGAGCUACGUGUAAUCAUGAUGGCACUGGGGCCCAGCAUGAUGCUUGA